AUGCUCAAGUUUCUGUUGGUUGCCAAACUAUUUGGGCUCGUCGCUCUUGCCACCGGCUUACAAGUCUCUCUGAAUCCGAGCAGUGUUCCCUUUCGACCUGAUGACUGGACGACGUGGACAUUGACCAAUGGUCAAGCAGAAGUCUCCACGACGCUUUCAGGAGUAACCUUAACGCUGUCAGCGGCUCCAGGUACCACUCUCAAAGGCGCUCAGUACAAGGUAGUUCAUACAAAAUUCACGAACUUCCUUGGCGAACACAUGGUCGGUCAAGGCGUGUCCACGGAGGCGACGACUGGUUUAGCAUUGACGCUCGCCAUCCAGGGCCUCAGCGCCGGAAGUCAUACUCUUCUCUCAUGGCACAAUGCUUGGGACAACUUGAAGGCUGCCGCUGGUAUCGAUGUUGCUGUUGAAGGUACCAAAGUCGUUUCGAACAAGGCACAAACAAUCCGUGAGGAUAGUAUUUGGACUUCGGCCUCCACUUUCGUCGCAUUCAAUGUCACUUCGACCUCCCAAGUGAUCACUAUCACCUACAGUCCCGUCAGUUCCUCGUCUCUGACGGACAUUCGCGCCUUUUUGAACGGUUUCGAAAUUGAUCCCCCUGGUCCACUCACUUCACAAGCAUCUUUCCCGUACCCUGAGCACACCAACGAGCACGUUGAUGCGGAUUCUGGUUCGCUCAAAGCUUCAUGGGAAGGUGUCUCGGGUGCAGAAUACGACGUUUACUUUUCCAAUUCCGCCUCGAAUUUGACACGUGUCAGUCAAGGCCAAUCUGACACUUCCUACACAUUCACUGGGUUGAGCUCGCUGCAAACGUAUUUCUGGCGUGUCGAUGUUAUAUCUGGAUCUACCACGACGAAAGGUAGAACUUGGACGUUCCGGCCAAGGCAACUUGCUUUCCCUGGUGCCGAGGGAUAUGGGAAAUAUGCCCGGGGAGGUCGAGGCGGAAAGGUUGUCAAAGUGACAACCCUUGCGGAUUCUGGUACAGGUUCUCUUCGAUGGGCUUUGACAGAACAGGCGGGACCUCGAACCGUCGUGUUCGAUAUUGGAGGUGUGAUCCAGCUUAACUCACGUCUCACCAUCAGUGAUAGUCAAGUUACUCUCGCUGGGCAGACGGCCCCAGGCAAAGGUAUUGCCAUUACGAAUCAGCCUUUCGGCCUGAGUGGUGCUUCGGACACUAUCGUCCGACACGUCCGUGUCAGGCCAGGGAAAGCUUCUGGUGAUACAGUCGAUGGAAUGGGUAUGGCAGGAAGCAACCACUGCAUCAUUGAUAGAUGCAGCAUGGGAUGGUCGAUUGAUGAGUCAUUCUCCUCGCGUGGCGCUUUCAACAUCACCCUCCAGAGAUCGAUGAUUUCGGAACCGCUCAACGUUGCAGGUCAUAAGAACUAUCCCCCUGGUACCGCUCAUGGCUAUUCCGCAUCCAUCGGUGGUGAUAUUGGUAGCUUCCAUCACAAUCUCCUCGCCCACGCAGAGGGCAGGUCGUGGAGUAUGGCAGGAGGACUCGACGGAAGCAAUGUAUUCGCGGGACGUUUGGAUAUCAGAAACAACGUCGUGUAUAACUUUGGAGGCCGGACAACCGACGGCGGUGCGCACCAGGUCAAUUUCGUUUCCAAUUACUACAAGCCAGGCCCGGCCUCGACGCGAAAUUACGAUCUUCAAGCGACAUAUGAAGACAACUUCGGCGGAAACCAGACAUACUACUGCCUUGGCAAUGCUAUGGAGGGUAAAUUCGAUACGAACGCGGAACAAGUCGUUGACGGCAACGCCUCCAACCCAGUAGCCCCUUGCUGCUCGGUUGUUACUUUCAGUCCUGCUCCGGCUUACCAGAAGUUCUUUAACAACCAAUUCUUCGAACCAAUGGUUGACACCCAAACCGCAACCGAGAGUUACAAGGUGUGCUUUACUUUUACUUUGGUGUUAUCUCCCGCAUCUAUUGGACUUUUUAUAUAGCGCGUGCUAUCGGACUCAGGCGCACAAACUCCUUCCCUAGACGACCAUGACAAACGUAUCGUUUUUGAAACCCGAGACAACAAGCCCACAUACAAGGGUUCUGUCACCGGUACACCGGGCCUCAUUGACAGUGAACAAGAUGUGGGCGGUCUCGAAUCCUUCCCAACCACCACUCGCCCAAGUACCUGGGACACUGAUAAUGACGGUAUCGCGGACUGGUGGGAUGGAUCCAACGGUGGGAACGCCGGGUGGACAGCUCUUGACGGUUAUUUGAAUUUCAUGGGCGACCCGCAUUUCUUCGUUAAACCAAGCACAACGGUCACCUACGACCUGACGUAUUUCGCGUUUGGGUUCUCUGGUGCCACGUACUCUGUUUCCACUUCCAGGGGAAGCGUGAACGUGAGUGGUAAUAGUUUGAGUUACACUGCUACUGAAAACGCUGGGAUCGAUACUGUUACGGUGAAAAUAACGGAUAACGAGGGAAGCACUUGGACGAGGACGAUUGGAGUUGCCGUCUUCGCUGACGCUUGAGCUUGAACGUUGAACGUCGGCUAACGAGAUCUUAUCACACGCUCGACUUGUCCCACGGUAGCUGUUCUUCUAGGUAUACUUACUGUAUUGCACCUCUUGUCAUUUUCUUGGCCAUAAUUUUCAAUGUAAAACCAGGAUAACAUAGUAUUUCUUUUCA